AGAGAGUUAAGGUUUCGAAUUUAAAAGGCUUGGAAAGCAUGGAGGUGGCGGCCUGCAAAAAGCGGAAGGAGGGCUUGACCGAGGGCAUCAUGGACUGAAAGGAACCUAAGGAAGCGAUUCUCGCACACAACAAAUAUGUGGCAAAUGGGAUCCGGGGCUUAUUUUGUGCUGUUUGCAUGGCUCACGCGAGUUUAUCGGAAGGAAAUUGAAAUUUCGGGAUAGACAUGUUCUUGCCCACCGGUUGAAAAUGGGUGCGCGACCAUCAUGUGCUCGCUCGAACGGAACGGCCAUUCUUAGCGUCGGUGAUGGGGGGUUCUGUUGGAAGACAGUGACUUGAUUCGGGAGGCAUUUUAAUAAAAGUCACGUUCUGAGGGGUCAUUGGACAAAAUCCAUCCAAUUUGUCUAUCAUUUAGAUUAAAAAAGAGGAGAAAUUAUUCUCCUUUUCUUCCAUUCCUUGCCGAUCCCGAUCAACCAAAGACUUAAUUCCUCAAAUACUAUCAACAAAUUCCUCUGAAUUCAUCACCUUCCAUUCCACUCCCAGCGAUGGUUUGAAUUUUUGAUUCCAUCGCUCGGACAACGCCAUUGUUUUCUCUACUCUACCGGACGAAGACUCCAGGAAAAAAGCAGAAUAUUCAAGCAGAAGCAAACCCCUCAACCACCAUUCAUGGCUUCCCCAGUCUUCCUCCUCCUCCUCAUCUUUCUCUCUCUCUCCUCCCUCUCCGCCGCGAGCUUCCACCGGACCAAGCUCCUCCGGUCGUCCUCCAUCUCCGAACCCGAAUCUGACAACUCCUCCACCGACUCCCCAACUCGCUUCUUUGAAGUCACCAAGCCCAUCGAGCUCCCCAACACCAAACCCUGCUCCUACCUCAUUUUACGGCACGAUUUCGCGUACACCUAUGGCAAGCCCCCAGUUCUCGCCAAUUACACCCCUCCAUCGACUUGUUAUUCGCAGAAAUUCGCAAAGAUCGUGCUCGAGUGGAGCGCCACUUGCAAAGGCAGGCAAUACGACCGGAUUUUCGGGGUUUGGCUUGGUGGGGUUGAGCUUCUCAGGAGCUGCACUGCCGAGCCGAGAGCUACAGGGAUUUUUUGGAGUGUCAAGAAGGACAUUACCAGGUAUUAUCCGUUGCUUAUGAAGAACAGUACUCUCGCUGUUUAUCUUGGCAAUGUUGUGGAUAGCACCUAUACAGGGGUUUACCAUGUCGAGAUAAAGUUUCAUUUUUACCCUGCUGACGAUGAGCAUUUGUUGGGGAAUGUGGGAAAUUCGAGGAAUUCGGUUCCUGGGCAUGGUUCGAAUGCGGAUUUGAUCUUGCCCAUUUCGAGAAACUUGCCGUUGAAUGAUGGGUUGUGGUUUGAAGUCGAGAAUGCUACUGAUAUUGAGACGAAGGAGUUUACUGUUCCCCUGAAUGUUUACAGGGCGGUGCUAGAGGUUUAUGUGUCUUUUCAUGAGGAUGAUGAGUUUUGGUAUGGGAACCUCCCCAAUGAGUAUAUUGAGGCCAAUGAUCUUACUGGGGUGGAUGGGAAUGGCCCUUUUAGGGAGGUUGUUGUGAGUCUCGACGGUGACAUAGUCGGUGCGGUUUGGCCUUUCACGGUGGUAUACACAGGAGGGAUCAAUCCUCUUUUGUGGAGGCCCAUCACCGGCAUUGGAUCAUUUAAUCUCCCUACAUAUGAUAUCGAGAUUACACCCUUUUUAGCAAAGAUAUUAGAUGGAAAGCUCCACGAAUUUGGCUUCAGUGUCACGAAUGCUUUGAAUGUGUGGUACAUUGACGCGAAUCUGCAUCUUUGGCUGGAUGAUAUGAGCACAAAAACUGCAGGGGAGCUUCUGACCUACCAGUGCACGCCUCUAGUUGUUUCUUCAGUGUUGGAUUUUAAGGGCUUAGAUGGUAAGUUUUUGAUUGGGGCAAACCGGUCCAUAUUGUCCAGUGGAUGGGUGCAGUCAUCUUAUGGGAAAAUCAUGACCACUUGGAAGCAAGAAUUCAAUUACAGUAACGUGAUGGUCAUGGGGAAUGAUGGGAAUCUGCAAAUUAUUAAUCAGCUUAUCCAUUUCAAUGACAGCGUCGAUGCCAAGAGCCUGGACUCCACCCUUGCAUCCAUCCGAGUGUACAGAGAUUUCCCGCUGUAUUUAUACUCCGACUAUGUGGAUCAAGGAAAUGACACUUACUUAUCUAUUGCGAACCUCACGUUUACUUUUAAUGAGAAAAGGGAUAAGGAUUCUGGCUUCAAGCUCUCGAGUUGUUCGCUCAACAAUAUGCAGAAAGGGCAGGGUUACAUGACCGUGAAGAAUGACUUGGUAGUCAGUGGGAUAGCCAGUACUCAAGAAGUGUACAAGUAUGACGGCAGUGUACUCUGCUACUUCAGAAAUGUGAGUAGCUCAAAUUACACAAUUCUUUAUGAUGACAUCGUCAAAGGAUGUGAGGAAGGAGCAGAGUCUCGUUAUGCAUCCGGAUCCAACAUAUGGUGGCCUUCUCGAACUCAGAGGGUUUAUCAGAUUUAACCACAUAGGGAUGCCUUAAAACUUCCUGUCAUCUCAUCUCUUAGCUUGUUUAUGUACCCAAAAUGAAGAUCAUCAAAAAUCGGCAUAUACGUCGUCAAGCACUCUUGUGGGUGUUCAUUGGAGCUCUUGUCAAAAUUCCAAGCUUGAUUUUCUUUUCCUUAAUAGAGUAACCGUAUAGGGUAGUUUCAUUUCUGUGGCUCUUUACAUAUCGUGAAUUUUUCAACUGAGCAGGUAUGAGAUUCAACUAUGCAAUUUCGAUUCAGAUA